AACUUGAUAUUCAGCCAUUAUUGUCAAAGUAGCUGGCAACAAAAGUGAGUACACCCUAAGUGAUAAAAGCUGUAUUUCGCUUAACCAUACAAAGCCACAUGUCGGAUUCAUCAUGGUCAUGUUUUUGUCUGCUUGACAGGAACAUACCCAUUUGUGUAUCUUGUAUUAGUGCAGUUAAAAUUUGGUGCUUUGAGUAGAAUUCUCUCAUACUGACCACUGGAUAUUCAACAUGGCACCUAAUGGCAAAGAACUUUCUGAUGAUUUGAGAAUUAGAAUUGUUGCUCUCUACAAAGAUGGCCAAGGCUAUAAUAUCAGUAACACCCUGAAACAGGAGUUACAGGGAUUUUCCAAGAGGGGUUUUACUUGGAACAGGCCUCGGAAGGCCUUCAUCAUAAAAGUACGUCCUUGUGCUGUGUGUCAGGUGCAGAAGCUGACUUAAAAAAAAACAGACGCAUGAGUGCUGCCAGCAUUGCUUUAGAAUUUGCAAAAUCCACUUGCUAGUGCUUAGACAAAAGGCCGCGCACUGCAACAAGUCGGUAUGCAUGGCCGUCAUCCCAGAAGGAAGCCUUUUCUGAAGCUGGCUCACAAGAAAGCCUGCAAACAGUUUUCUGAAGACAACCUGUCCAGAAGCAUGAAUUAUUGGAACCAUGUCCUUUGGUCUGAUCAAAUAAAAGUGCUAAGAUAAACUUGUUUGGCUCAGACGGUGUCCAGAUUGUGUGGCAACAUCCUGGUGAGGAGUACCAAGAAAAUUGUGUCUUGCUUGGUGGUGGUAGCGUCAUGGUCUGGGGCUGCAUGAGUGCUCCUGGUACUGGGAGGCUGCAGUUAAUUGAGGAAAACAUGAAUUCCAACAUGUAUUGUGACAUUCUGAAGCAGAACAUGAUUCUCUCCCUUGAGAAACGGCCAACCCACAGUUUUCCAACCUAAUAACGACCCCAAACACACAAUUUCCUUGGUGAGGAAGGUGAAGGUGAAGGUGAUGGAGACAUAAUUGGCAACUCCAUCACCUUCACCUUCAACCUCCUUAGCAAUAGGGCAUAGAAUUUACCAGAGCUGUACAGGUUGUUGCUGGGAUCCUCUUCCACUCCUCCCAGCAACAACCUGUACAGCUCUGGUGAAUUCUAUGCCCAGGAGAAUUAAGGCAGUGCUACAAGACAGUGGGGCUCACACACAAUAUAGACACUUUGGACACAGUUUUGAUAUGUUCACUUACGGUGUAUUCACUUUUGUUGCCAGCAAUUUGGACAUUAUUGGCUUCAUGUUGACCACCAUGUUGGGGACAGUAAAUCUAUAUUGCUAUACAAGCUGCACAUUAACUACUCUAAAAUACAUGUAAGUUUCAUAUAGUAUUGUUCAUUGUGUAAUAAAAUAAAUAAAACAGUUGUUGAUAUACAGUAUCACUUUUAUGAGAUACUGUAUAUGUGUUUCAGAUAAAUAUAAUUUUUCUCUCAGUUCUGCAUCUUAAAAACCACAAUGAAAAUGUUUUUCAUUUCUUUAACUUUGUACUUUGUAUCAGACAGGGGGAACUUUAAACUUUUUGGACACAAUUCGAUUUUUUCAGUAACAACAUUUUCGUAUCCGAAUUGAAUAAAGAUGCAAGCCCUUUUACUGUUAGAACAGUAAACACAUGUAUCAGCUUCACUCACAUUACAUUUGCUUGCUUACAAAGUGAAACCCCAGUUUGUAAAAGAUCUGCUCACCCUUGCAAAAUGAGCUCACAGUCCAUUGAUCUUGAAUAGGAAGGUAUUUGGGUCUACAAUGUGGUCAUGAGACCUUCACACAGAACGAUUGGGGUUUGAAUGUUUUUCAGAAUGGCAGACAGGCAGUGUGGAGAGCAGGAGCUUGGUGUAAAUCAAGCUAUUAAAUAUUAUUUGUCUUAGGCAUUAUUGUGAUUCCUGGAUUUAGUUGUGGACCAAUGCGAAACCAAUAAAAGGCACUUCUGAUUUUCUGGUCAGUGGUGUUUGGUGCUGCUGAAAGAGACUGCUUAGUGCCAGAGCUGUCUGUCAGAAAAACAUGCUGUCAUGCUGCUGUGUGCUUGUGUUGGUGCUGUGUCUGUCUGCAGCCGAGGACUUCGACUGGACAAAGAAGGACCACAGCACCUUCUAUUAUGGCACUUUUCCAACUGGAUUUUCAUGGGGUGCUGGCAGUUCAGCCUAUCAAACAGAAGGAGCUUGGGACAAGGAUGGAAAAGGACUAAGUAUUUGGGAUGUGUUCUGUCACAAGAAAGGAAAAAUUGUCUUUAAUAAUACAGGAGACUCCUCAUGUGAUGGUUACUACAAAGUUAAGGAUGAUGUAUCCCUGAUAAAAGAACUCAAUCUGAAGCACUAUCUCUUCUCCAUCUCCUGGCCACGGGUCAUUCCCACUGGGAUCAGGUCGGAUUAUGUGAAUGAAAAAGGACUCAAGUACUAUAAUACCCUGAUUGACCUACUGGUGGAAAAUAAAAUCACUCCUAUUGUGACACUGUAUCACUGGGACCUUCCACAGGUUUUGCAGGAGAAAUUUGGUGGCUGGCAGAACAUCAGCAUGGUGAAUUACUUUAAUGACUUUGCCAGUCUUUGCUUUGAAAGAUUCGGAAACCGUGUGAAACACUGGAUCACUUUUAAUAACCCAUGGUCAGUGGCAGUAGAGGGCUAUGAAACAGGAGAACAUGCUCCAGGCCUGAAACUGAAAGGCACAGGGGCCUACAGGGCUGCUCACCACAUCAUCAAGGCACAUGCUAAGGUUUGGCAUACCUAUAACAGUCAAUGGCGAAGCAUACAGAAUGGUUUGGUGGGAAUCUCUCUGUCUGGAGAAUGGGGGGAGCCUGUGGACAUUGCCAACCCAAAGGACAUAGAGGCAGCUGAGAGAUAUGUCCAGUUCUAUUUAGGCUGGUUUGCUACACCAAUCUUCCAUGGAGACUACCCUGAGGUCAUGAAGGACUUCAUAGGUAGGAAGAGUUCUCAGCAGGCAAUGGGAACAUCUCGACUGCCCUCCUUUUCCUCUCAGGAGAAGGGUUACAUUAAAGGCACAUGUGACUUCCUGGGUGUAGGGCACUUCACCACACGCUACAUCACCCAAAAGACAAGCCCUCCAGAUCGUACUAGCUCCUACUAUACAGACCAUGACCUGGCUGAGCUGGUGGACCCACGCUGGCCUGAUCCUGGCUCAGAAUGGCUCUACUCUGUACCAUGGGGUUUCCGACGUCUGCUCAACUUCAUCAAGGCUCAGUUUGGAAAUCCAAAAAUCUACAUCACUGAAAAUGGAGUCUCUGAAAAAACCAUGUGUGCAGAGUUGUGUGAUGACUGGAGGAUCCAGUAUUAUAGGAAUUACAUUAAUGAGAUGUUGAAAGCCAUCAGAGAUGGAGUGAAUGUACAGGGCUACACUGCAUGGUCUUUGCUUGAUAAGUUUGAGUGGGAUAAAGGCUACUCCGAAAGAUUUGGCCUCUUUUAUGUAGACUUCAAGAGUAAGAAUAAAACCCGCUACCCCAAGGCCUCCGUUCAAUUCUACAAACACAUCAUCAGCUCCAACGGAUUCCCUAAUCUCAGAGAGGUUGAGGACUGGAAGAGGAAGGCUGCAGAGAUGUGUUCAUCUAGCAACUGGCUCCUUGCUGCAGAGGAACAGCGGAAUACUGCUGCCAAUAUUCUAAGACUUAUUCAUGAUCCCUUGACCAGCCACAUGGAGAUGGUAACAGAGAUAGUCGUGCCCACUGUGUGCACCCUCUGCAUUCUCAUCACGGCACUUUUCCUUAUGUUUCUCUUUCGCAGACGCACCUAGCAGAGAAGCAGGAACUGACUUCAUAUUAUAUAUAUUUAUUACACAUACACAUACAUACAUACACACUUCUGAUAACUAACCUAUUCAACAACAUCACUAAACACUUAAUAUAAUACUUUUUACAACAAUUAUACACUACAUUAAUACAUCCUUGUAUGUGUGGAGGGAUGGGAAUACCCUUUAAAACCCUGAUUUGCUCAUUUAUCAAGUUUUGGAAAUUAGAUCUAAAAUCUGGUUGAUGUGCAAAGGAGAUACGAUCACAAUAAAGUUUGAGAACUCCUA